UGGCAACUCUCCCCGAAGAGACGGGUUUCGUAUAAAUGGAACGUCUCGAUGCACAAAGGUGAACAGUCUUCCAGAAUCCACAAAGGAAACAACACGUUUUAUUCACCAUGCAAAAGAUCAGCGUUGCCCUGUUGGCGUUGGUUGCCCUUUUCGCCCUGAUGGAGGUCACUGGAGCCCUGCCAGCACCCGAACCUAGCCGACGCUUCUUCUUUGGAGGUAGUCCCUAUGGCUUCGGCGGUUACGGCUAUAGACCCCACGGAUUCGGCUUUGGCUACGGCGGAUAUGGCGGUGGCUUUGGAGGUUUUGGUGGUGGAUUCGGUGGAUUUGGAGGAUUUUACGGUUGAUAAAUAUCUUCCCUAAAGAUAUCUUAUGAUGAAGAAUCAUGGACAACAACCUUCUCUCUCUCAGAAACUCCUCUAACGUGCUUUAAAAAUGUAGAAUCUAUAUUCAUAUGAAAUAAAACUCUAUUUUCAAGCAAA